AUGACCAUGACCCUUCACACAAAAACCUCCGGGGUUGCCUUAUUGCACCAAAUACAAGGCAAUGAAUUAGAGCCUCUCAGCAGAGCACAACUGAAGAUUCCUCUGGAACGGCCGAUCAGUGAAAUGUAUGUGGACAGCAGCAAGACUGGGGGGUUUAACUACCCAGACGGUGCUGCCUACGAUUUUUCCACUGCCGCUCCAGUGUACAGCUCCACCAGCCUCACUUAUGCCCCUGCGAGUGAAUCGUUUGGCACCACCAGCCUGGGAGGAUUUCAUUCUAUGAACAAUGUUCCCCCAAGCCCUGUUGUCUUUUUACAGUCGGCUCCCCAACUUUCGCCUUUCCUUCAUCACCACAGCCAACAGGUACCUUAUUACCUUGAGAACGAAGCAACCAGUUUUGCCAUGAGAGACGCUGCUCCAACAGCUUUCUACAGGCCUGGCUCGGAGACCAGACGUCAAAAUGGCAGAGAGCGAAUGUCUAGCACCAAUGAAAGGGGAAACCUGUCUAUGGAGUCUACCAAGGAGACCCGCUAUUGUGCUGUUUGCAAUGAUUAUGCCUCUGGCUACCAUUAUGGGGUUUGGUCCUGUGAGGGCUGUAAAGCCUUUUUUAAAAGGAGCAUUCAAGGUCAUAAUGACUACAUGUGCCCUGCUACCAACCAGUGUACCAUUGACAAGAACAGAAGGAAAAGCUGCCAGGCUUGUAGGCUCCGAAAAUGCUAUGAAGUUGGAAUGAUGAAAGGUGGCAUAAGAAAAGAUCGCAGAGGUGGCCGAAUACUGAAGCACAAACGUCAAAGAGAAGAACACGAUAGCAGAAACGUGGGUACAGUGGCAGAGGCAAGGAACCCAAAUCUUUGGCCAAGUCCAUUAAUGAUCAAGCAUGGCAAAAAAAACAGUCCAGCUCUUUCCCUCUCUGCAGAUCAGAUGGUUUCUGCUUUGCUAGAGGCAGAACCACCUAUUGUCUAUUCAGAAUAUGACCCUAACAGGCCGUUCAACGAAUCCUCAAUGAUGACGUUGCUGACCAACCUUGCUGAUCGAGAAUUGGUUCAUAUGAUCAACUGGGCCAAAAGAGUUCCAGGCUUUGUGGACUUAACACUCCAUGAUCAAGUCCAUCUAUUAGAAUGUGCCUGGUUAGAGAUAUUGAUGAUUGGCCUGGUAUGGAGAUCUGUGGAGCAUCCAGGAAAGCUGCUUUUUGCCCCCAACUUAUUGUUGGACAGGAAUCAAGGAAAGUGCGUUGAAGGCAUGGUAGAAAUAUUUGACAUGCUGCUGGCUACUUCUUCUCGCUUUCGAAUGAUGAACGUCCAGGGGGAAGAAUUUGUAUGCCUUAAAUCUAUCAUCCUACUCAAUUCUGGGAUCUACACAUUUCUUUCUAGCACCUUAAAAUCCCUGGAGGAAAAAGAACAUAUCCAUCGUGUUCUGGAUAAGAUUACUGACACUUUGAUGCAUUUAAUGGCCAAAUCCGGCCUUUCCCAGCAGCAGCAACACAGGCGCCUGGCUCAGCUCCUCCUCAUCCUUUCUCACAUCAGGCACAUGAGCAAUAAAGGGAUGGAGCACCUCUAUAACAUGAAGUGCAAGAAUGUGGUCCCACUUUAUGAUUUAUUGCUGGAAAUGCUGGAUGCUCACCGUCUGCAUGCUCCUGCAGCUAGGAGCACACCCCACAAUGAAGAGGAACUUUCAGACCAGCUGGUCGUGGCACCUGCUUCAAUGCAUUCCUUACCACCUUGCUAUGUGAACAAACAGGAAGAUGAACCUGUGCAAGAAGCAAUCUGAAUUCAGAUUACAAACAGCCUACAGGAUUCUGAGCAUCCCAUCAGAAAACGUCGGGCUUAGAUGAACUGGUACCAUGUCUAAGCACUCCAAUACUCAGCAACCAGUGAUUCCCAAAACAUUGAUGGUCAACUUCAUUCAUAGCAAAACAUUUAUAAUUUUGAAUAUAAUAUGUGGUUUAAUUAAAAAACACAUGUUUGUGUUAGCAAAACACAAGCCUGGGGAUUCCGGUACUUUGUUUGCUGGUAUCAUAUAGAGAAGUUGGAUGAUCUUUCUUUUUUAGAUCAAUUGGCAAAAAUCCCAGCUGAGUUGAGUAGGUGAUGUUUACAUGUAACGUUUAUUGGCUGUUUGGUGGAUACAAGAAGAGUACACCACAAAAAUACAAUAUACAAAGCAAUGGUGGUUAAGGACAAAGAUUCUGUUAGACUCCCAUUUUCAAUUUUUUUUAAGAGAAAGGAGAAGGGAAAAUAUGAAUUUAAGGUUUCCCUGUUGGGAUUCAAUGAUAUACACAACGUACUAAUAGAUUAAUCUACCCUUUCAAACUUCAUAGAGUUCCAGUUUAUUUCAGCAAGAAAAGCCCCUCAAUUAACUUGUUAAAAUAACUGUGAGAUGCUAAACUCCUUUAGUAUUCUCAAGGGGGAUGACUCACCCCUACAGAGUUUACCAUAGUAAAGAUAAGCAGGUGAAUUGAAAAUUCAUAUUAGCAUUUUUUUAAAACUGACAUAAUUUUGAUGCAUUGUUGGCCUGCUAAAUUUACAAUGAAGGUCCAAACGUAACAGAUUUCUCCCCAUAUCUGUCUGAGGGAGAACUACUGUGCUGACCGUUAGAGUAGCUAAUAGACUGUAGCCCAAUUAAAAUAUGAAAUUAUAUCAAUUAAUUGUGAAUCACCUAAGGACCCCUGGCUGAAAAUAUAAUUGAUCAGUUGUACAUAUUACACCAUCUAUUUCAUACCUUAACUGACAGUUCACAUAUUAAUUGUGAAAACCCGACUGAUCCUAUGAAAAAUUAAGUUCCUUGUUGCCAACCUCCAGGAAUGGGAUGGUCUGUCCCUUCUACUCGCUUGAGGUAACUUUGUGGGAAAGCUGCACCUGCACAUAUUUAGGUGGUACCUGAAAUUGACUUUUUAGAAAAUUCCAGCUCUAUUUAAUACAAUCAGUGCUCCACAGUAGGAAAAUCAUCUGUUUCCUUGAGCAAGGCCCUGGAUGCAUGUAAUACUCUCUAAUAUCUGCCAAAGCAACAGAGCUUCAUGUUGAGUCACAACUAGUGGCAAGAGAGCAAUGAAGAAAGGACAAGAAAGUUUUGCACUGAAGCUGUCCUUUGGGUUCUGCACAUAUUGACUCCUUCCAAAGCAAGGACUAGGCAGAUCAAAAUCUACAGAUGAUCAACCACUUUUAUUAAAAUCUAUUCCCUUCUGUAUGCCUAAAUGUUGUGACUCUCCUCUUGUUUUUACAGUGUUCUCGCCAACACUUCUAGCCCAAGCUUCGUUGCUAGUGGCCUUGCUUUUUAUUAAUACCAUAAAGUACCUAUUUUUUAAAAGAUAAAAAGAACAAAAAUCAAUGGUCCUGCUUUGACAUUUCCCCAAAGCCACUGGGGAUACGAAGUGCCUUGGCAAAAAUGGAUACAGUUGUAUGCUCAAAUGCCCACACUGUAUAUAUGCUGUGUAUACAGUAUAUAACAACAAAAAGAGUUCUUGUAGGACCAUAAUUAAAGAAAGCAAAUUUUAGUCAUUUGUACCCAGGUGUUAAUGAAAAUCUAGAUAUUUUUAACUGGGAGUUAGCCCCAUAGAAUGCGGUUGGACAUCCUUCUGAAUAGACAAGCAUAGGAUCAGGCUACAAGUAUUUAUAUUUUUAUAAGGGAAAACACUUUUGCUAUUUUUCUACUGUUUCCUUAAGGGUAGAAAAGUUUCAUUGUAUUUGUUGCUUUGGCUGGGUUUUUUUUUUUUUUUUUCAUUCACUUCUGCUGGAUUGGAACUUCCAUCUUAGACAUACAAAGAAUGCUUGGAAGCUUUCCUCCCCAUCCAAGUGAAUGGUGAACUUUUCAAGUACGAGAUCGUAAUAGAUCCAUUGUCCAUUGCCAAUUGGGUAGAAUUCUGAAUAGAUAUCGAUACUCAGUUUCUGUCUAUCUUCACACAGUGCAAAAGAUUAAAGCUGGUCUCAGUCUAUUUAAAUUAUGUACACUACAUCCAUUUUCCUAACAGAAACCAUGAUUUUGCCUUGAGAAAUUAACAGGUAAAAGGGAUCCAAGUAAGGAAGCCAGAGAUGGCAAGGGAUGGGAAUAGGCUCUUAGCAUGGGAAGGUAUGAUGUUUUUAGCUUUAAUGCCAGCAUACCUGGGACAGGUCCGACUUGGGAAUUGAAAUCGCUUUUUGUUAAAUGUGUGAAACUUAAGAAAAAUAUCUAGUUGUCAUUAUUGUUAGUUUGCUAGAAACAUUGUAUUAUCCUUAUUGCUAUUGUUUGUUGAAAGCACCUUACUGAAUGCAGUGUGUGUUUUUCUGUGCAUAUAAUACACACAUGCAAAGCUCACCUAUCAGACAACUGAAUGUAGCUCUUCUAUAUAAUCAAUCAACAGGUUAAAAUACAACAAAAUCACAGAAAAAAACCUUUUCAGCUAUCUUCUCUCAUAUGCAAUCAUGUGUGCCUAAGGCUUAGCGAUUGUUAAAAAUCAUUACUGCAUAUCAAAUUUUAUAUUCCUGAGAGACAAGACAGUUUUCACUUGGUCUAGGAGUAAACACACAAAAAAAACUUGUCCUUCAACAAAGGACUUUCAUGGCAGCUAAUUCUGCUUUUUGUCCACAUCCAAAGGACAUUGCCUCAAAUGGGUUCCUAAUAAUAUGCAAGGAUGGCUUUGUAACCCAUCCUCUGAAGUUCGAUUUUGAAACAGCAAACCAAACUACCCUUUAAAUGUGGUACAUGUUGCUAUUUAUCAACUCAUUAUGCUACAACUAAUGAAUUGCUACAUCUAAUUUUUUGUUUAGAGUAGGGAUGUCCAAAGUUUGGUAACCUUAUGACCUGGGGACCUCAACUCCCAGCAUGGCUGGCUGGGGAAUUCUGGGAUUUGAAGUCCACAAGUCUUCAAAGUUGGACACCUCUGAUUUAGAGCCUCAAAGAAGAAAAGAGGGAGCUGUAAAUUUUUAUUUAGGCUUUUAUAAGGGUGAUUUUUCUGUGUGCAAAACCUUUCUUCAAAUCUGAAUGUCAUUGUGGAUUCUAGCUCAGGUCGAUUUCCUGUAAACCAUCUCCAUGGCCUCCAGUCCUCCUCUUUUGGGGUGCUGUAGCCCCUUUGAUCAAGUUCCCAUUACUCUCAGCACAUUUAUAAAUAGAUGGAUCACUGAAGAGGCUGAGUUGAAGGAUUGUGCCCUUCAGUGAAAUGGCAACAGCCAUUCUGCUUUUCCAGCCACAUAUGAAUCUGUGAUUUUGGGGGCUAUUGAGAAUUCUUCAUAGGCAUUAGCCUUCUUCACCAUGAAAGAAUCUCAGUGAGAGCCAAAUGGAGGAAGAACACAAAUUAACAGCUGCAAUCCCAUGGCUGUAGAAAGCACAGGAUUCUGCUGCUCUUUAAAGGGACUUGAAUCUCUUGAAAGCCCUUGAGACAAGAUUGCCCUAUAUUUUGUGCAAAUAAGGCAGUCCCUCCCAUGGUUGUCCUCUUAAGCUCCAGCUAAGAAAUAUUCUCCUUUUGUGAUGUUUUGAUAUUCAGGAGAAAGAUGGACACAAAUUAGGCUCCGAAGCAGAUAUAAGAUCACCAAUUGUCUGGCAAAAGAAGGACAUGUCCUCCUUUUUGCCUUCAGGUUUUCUGCCUGGCAAGCAUAGCCUUAAAAAUCAAAUAUUAGCUGGCUUUUUGAGUAUCUACAAGCUAUCACUUCCUGAGCAACUUUUCUCCAGAGUGGAGCACCGUUAAUGAGUGCUAACAGCAAGUUAACAAGCUCCACACUGUGACCUUGAUUAAUACUCUCCUGCUGGCUUGGCUGCUAUCUGAAACUGACAAGACCUUAAUCAGUUAUAUGCCUCUAGCAUACUGUGCAAUUGAAAAACGAGUCUUUCUGAUGUUGGAAAAGUAUUUUCAUAUACUUGUUCAUGCAGGUUUACAUUUUGGGGCCUUUUCUCCCUGUAAUUUUUGUAACAGAUGCCAUGAAAGUGAAACAAUUAGUGUGUCAUCCUUUGUCCUCUUUUGUCCUCAUUCAGCUAUCUGGUAACCUGAUACAACAAAGCCUCUGCUUCUCUAUGAAAAGUUUUGCAAUCAUUGUGAGGGGUCAUUGUGAGACCCAGUUUCUGAUAUCAGUCAUGUUGCUAUGAUCUCAGAAGGUGGACACCACCAAAUUGCCAUAUCCUUCCUGCCCUAAAAAUCAGGAUGAUUGAUUCAGCACCACUGAAAAUCAGCUAGGCCUUUAUCAUAUAUAUCACAGCCUUAUUAAUCACCCUGAAAUGAAAUGUGCAUUCCCAUUUGCAUCAAACAAUGCAUCCACCUGGUUUAAAAUUCACCUAAAUAAGCAUUGCAGACUGUGUCUUCAUUCACACAGUGAUUCUGUGCGCAACUCUUGCUGGUAUUGGUGCUAGUGUUUGCCAUAUUUUUGCUGUGAAUCUGAGCCUUCAUUUUAUACACAUGUUCUUAAUGCUAUUGCUUUUAAGACCUAAGCUAGAAGCCAAAUGUUCCGGCAGUGGACUUUUGGAUCUCAAAGUUAUAUAUAUAUUUUUUGCAGAAUCAGUCAAAUGAAUUAAUUGUUCUGCCUUGCAAGCUCGCUCUUCUGAAAGUUCUUUUCAAACGCACUGUGGCUUUGUAAUGGGAUUCUUCAGAUCUGAAAUGAGCACUAAUCAAGAUCUGGACUUUAUGCAGUGCUUUUAAGCUAUCAGCCUAAUUUUGUUGAAGUAUAAUUGUCAUAUAAACCUCGGGAGUACCAAAAAUACUUUUGAUGCUCAAAACCCCCUUUUCCUGUCAUUGGUGCAUUCUCUCAUUUUAAUUCACAUUUCUGGAUGUAUUUCGGUCUUGAAUGAUGUUCUGUAAACAAUUAUUGCCUUUUGAAGGACUUUACAAUUUUGCACUGUCCUGGAAAGAUUUUUGUAAUGAACCUAACUGUUUUGCAUUCAAAUGUGCCUGAAUUUAUAUGCUGCCAUGCUGCCAAUCUGUCUUUAGUAGGAAUGUUAUUCUGCAAUGCACCUUUUGGAACAAAGCCUUUUGCCCCUCAGUCUUGAAGUGCCCGCUGGAUUAUGAUAAACUGUCAGUAGUGAAAAGAUGCUAGUUAGAAAAUAAACCCAAUAGGUUACUUUAUGCCACAUUAUUGUACUUUUUUUUUUUUUAAAAAAAAUGAAGCUUUGUGCACUACAUUACCCUUUCAUUGUAAAGUUUUCCCUUUAUUAUGAGGCUCAUGUGCCAUAAUGUAUUUGUUGAAUUAUUCUGCUCUUUUGCUAAAGCACAUAAUAGCAUAAUUGGUGUAUCUGUUUUGUUAGAGUUGCUUUGUUAAAUGAAAAAAAGGGUUAAUCCUUUUUUGUUGUUUCUUUUUUGCACAUUUGAAAGAAUGUUACAAACAGCUUUUUAAAAAAAUCAGCAGGAUACCUGAUCUGUCAAGAUUUUCUCAGCUUUGAUGUUGAAAUAAAAAAGUGAAUUACACCACUGGAA